AUGGAACAGACCAUUUGGUGGUAUUUCUUUCUACAAAGAUCCAUUCGUGAAGCCAAGAAGCACAACAAAAUAGAAAUACCCUUGGAGAUAUUCACUGAAGACAUUGCAUGCUGUGACACUCCUCUAUAUGUAGCAGCAACAAACUUCGAUACAGUGAAUGACAUAAUCAGCAAGUUACUACCAAUGAUAAAACAUGGCAUUGAAGGUUACCAACUGUGGUUCUGUCCUGGCCCUGGGGAAGCUCCAAGAGCACUCCAAGGGCAUGAGUAUACACAUGAUAUUAUAAUGAUAAAUAUUCAAAAGAACUUCAGUUCACGGGACUUAAGAAAUUUUAAAGAUAUUUCUUAUCUUCCUGGGAUACUCAUGAAUUAUCUAAAUGCUGAUGUACAUGGGAAAUUCAUCUUAAAGCCCAGAAACUCAGCAAGAAGCCAGCAGCAAAAAAAUAUGAAGAAAAAAUCUUUUAAGAAACAAAGAAGUUCUGUAACAUGGCAGUUGGAUGGGGCCUCUGUGCCCCACCAGGAGCAAGUAUGCACCAUCCCACAAGUUAAAAAGGGAGGAAAACUGUUUGGAAGAAAACUCAGCUCCAUUUGUCAGGAUGGCGACCUGCCCUCGGUAAUCCUGGACAUGCUGUACGUACUAAAGAAGAAAGGGCCCACAACCAAGGGUGUCUUUAUAGAACCUCCAGGUAUAACUUUGUUCCAAACAGUAAAGGACAAAUUGGAUUUGGAUGAAGAGGUGGAUAUGGAGAAACAAUCAGUUUAUGUAGUGGCGUGGAUCUUUAAGGACUUCCUCCAAAACAUCGAGGGAAGUCUAAUGACUUCAAAACUAUAUGACGAGUGGAUUGCUGUAACCGAAAAUGUCAACGAUGAAGAGAAAUUAGCCGCAGUGCAGAGUCUUUUAGAUAAAAUGCCACCUGAAAAUGCGGCUCUUCUGAGGCAACUUUUUCGUAUACUAUAUGAAAUUAAAAAUCACUCUUCCAUUAAUAAAAUGUCUCCUUACCACCUAUCUAUUGGGUUAGCCCCAUGUCUCUUAUUUGUGCCCGGCUAUGAAGUGACAGAUGAUAUUGCUAAAAAGAUUUCUUUAGUAAAAUUUAUGAUAGAAAAUGCUGCAAAGUUUUUUGGCGAGGACUUGGCUGCAGUGUGGCAUGAAACAUCACUAUAUCAUCCUCCCGAAGCAAAGUCCUCGUGUUCCCAGAGUACUCCCACAAAUAUUGGGAACGUGAAGGAAACCAAACAUGGACUCAGCAGCUCCCCCAGUGGCAGGACAUGCACUCCUGGCUAUAAUACACUGCGGAGAAAUUCAGUUGCUGCUCUUCCCUAUGAGGGCAUUAUAGAUUCACAAAAACACGAAGUCAAUGUAUAUACUAACCCAACAGUACCAUCUCUUAAUCCACCACAAGCAAAAAAGAAAUGUCUGUUUGGCAAAUCUCUUACAAGUCUUUUUGAAGACAAAAAGUUGCCUACUCCAAUAGUUGAUAUGUUAUCCAUAAUUGCAGAGAAAGGUCCAGAAUCGGAUCACAUAUUCAAAAGUCUACCUAAAGAAUCACACCGGUCCCUGAGGUAUAGGCUUGACAGUGAACAACACAUUGACUGGGAUGAGGAAUGCGUUCUUGUAAUAGCAUCUGUUUUAAAGGAUUUUAUUGUUAACAUUGAUGGAAGCUUACUGACAUUGUCGUUAUAUGAAAAUUGGCUUUGCAUCACAGACGAAAGAACUAUGACUGGAAAAAUUAAUGCCAUUCAAAGCCUUUUGCAACAGAUUCCAGAGCCAAACUUUUUACUAUUAAAACAUCUCAUAUGUGUAUUGGUUAUAAUAAAGGAUUCUUCCAUGAAUAAUUUAGACAGUUACAGGUUAUCUCAUCGCAUAGCCCCAAAUGUAUUAUUGGGUACUUCGAGAGUCUCAUUAUUUGGGAAUGACAUCUUAAGAAAGAUGUCAAUUAUACAGAUCAUGAUUGACAACUACCAAAAAAUAUUUGGAAAUGAUAUGUUUAUUAAAUAUAUUGACAAUAAGUCUGAUGAUCUAAGGAUGCGUAAAGCAUCAAUAAAUUCUUCUGUCAAAUCACCUGUUAUGACGAAAGACAUAGCUUGCUACAGCUGGAAAGCAUGUGGUAACAAUAAAAAAAAUAAUAUUUCACGUGCUGCCCUGCCGAAGGAAAGUCCUACAGAGAAAUAUGAAGGCAAAGUAUAUACCAACCCACCAGUAUGUUGUCUAUUUCCAUUACAACCUGCAAUGACAUGUUUGUUUCACCAACCUCUUACAAGUGUUUUUGAAGACAGAGAGCUACAUACUCCAAUAAUUGAUUAUAUUAUUAACAUUGAUUCAACUUCAAUCUUCAUGUAUGAAGAUUGGCAUUGCAUCCCAGAAAAAGGAACAAUGUCUGGAAAAUUUAAUGCCAUCCAAAGGUUAUCUGUGCGCAUAGCUCCGCGUGGAUUAAGGGGUCAGACUUUGAGAGACUCGUUAUUUGGGAUUGACAUCUUAAGACAGGAUUAUAUUAUUAACAUUGAUUCAACGUCACUUACCUUGAUCCUGUAUGAAAAUUGGCUUUGCAUCCCAGAAAAAGGAACUCUUUCUGUAAAAUUAAAUGCCAUCCAAAGGUUAUCUGUGCGCAUAGCUCCACGUGGAUUAAGGGGUCAGACUUUGAGAGACUCGUUAUUUGGGACUGACAUCUUAAGACAGGAUUAUAUUAUUAACAUUGAUGCAACCUCACUUACCUUGAUCAUGUAUGAAAAUUGGCUUUGCAUCCCGGAAAAAGGAACUCUUUCUGUAAAAUUAAAUGCCAUCCAAAGGUUAUCUGUGCGCAUAGCUCCACGUGGAUUAAGGGGUCAGACUUUGAGAGACUCGUUAUUUGGGAUUGACAUCUUAAGACAGUGUUCUCACUUUUGGAGAGUUGCCUAUUUCCAAAAAGAGGCCUGUGGUUUUGUACUAUCUACAAUGUACAUUGACAAUUACUUUUUUUUUGUUUCAUGUUCAAUAAAACAGGAUUAUAUUAUUAACAUUGAUGCAACCUCACUUACCUUGAUCAUGUAUGAAAAUUGGCUUUGCAUCCCGGAAAAAGGAACUCUUUCUGUAAAAUUAAAUGCCAUCCAAAGCCUGUUUCAACAGGUUCCAGAACCAAACUUUAUACUAUUAAAACCUCUCUUGUGUGUAUUAACAAUGCUAAAAGAUUCUUCCAUGAAUAAUGUGGACCGUUUCAGUUUAUCUGUACGCAUAGCUCCACGUGGAUUAAGGGGUCAGACUUUGAGAGACUCGUUAUUUGGGACUGAUGUCUUAAGAAAGAUAUCUCUUAUGCAAAUCAUGAUUCACCCGUGUCAUCAAAUAUUUGGAAAUGAUGAUAUAUUAUUUAAGCAUAUUGAAAAAAGGUCUGAAGACUUAAAGAAAUAUAAAAAAUCACUAAAUUCUUCUGGUGAAUCACCUAAUAUGACAAAAGCCAUAGCUGGCCAUAACUGGAAUCCCUGUGAUAAAUAUGAAAAAUUUAGUAUUUCACAUUCUGCACUGCAGGAGGAAAGUCCUACUGAGAAACAGAAAGGCAAUAUAUAUACCAAGCCACCAGUAUAUUCUAAUCCAACACGACCAAGAAAGAAAUGCUUAUUUGGCAAAAAUCUUACAAGCAUUUUUGUCGACAGUAAGCUGCCUGCUCCAAUACUUGAUAUAUUAUCCGUAAUUGCAGAGAAAGGACAAGAAUCAGAUCAGAUAUUCGAAAUUCUACCUGAAAGUUCACACUGGAGCCUCAGAGAGAGGAUUGAGAGUGAAGAACUCAUAGACUGGAAUGAAGAAAAUGUUCUAGUUACAGCAUCCGUGCUGAUGGACUUCAUUACAAAUAUCGAAGGAAGUUUACUUACUUCUGACUUAUAUGAAAGUUGGCUUAGCGUCCCAGAUGAGGGAACACUGGCUGAAAAAAUUAAUGCCAUUCAAAGACUUUUACUGAAGAUUCCUCAGGCAAACUUUAGCCUUCUGAAAUAUUUCAUUGGCGUAUUGGUAAUAAUACGAGACUCAUCCAUGAAUAAUUUAGACAGUAACAGUUUAUCUAUCCGCAUAGCUCCUUAUGUUUUGUGGGAUCAGACUACAAAAAACACAUUGUUUGGGAGUGAUGUAUCAAGAAAGAUGUCUGUUAUACAAAUCAUGAUAGACAACUAUCAUGAAAUAUUUGGAAAUGAAAAUAUAUUUUGUAAAGGUAUUGACAAAAGAUCUGGGGAUUUAAAGAUGUGUACAUAUUCAAUAAAUUCAUCUGGAAAAUCACCUAUUAUGAAAGAAUUCCUAGGUGGCUGCAAUAGGAAAACAUGUGAUAAUACAGAAAAUUUUAAAAUUUCAUCCAUUGCUCUGCGGGAGGAAGGUCCUAUAGGUGAGCCAAGAUUUAUUUAG